AUGCACGUUUCGUCGUUUCUGAGCUGCGUCUUCGCGCUGGCAUCAGCGUCACCUCUCGUGCAUCCCAAUAGCCAAGAGGCGACGGACGUCGGCCACGAGGCGCUCUCGCACGGAAGCGAGAGUUCCGGCUUCACAUUGCACCAAAUCGCCAAUGAGAGAUACGUGGAGGAGACUGGGCUCGAUGCGUUGCUGUGGGCGUACAUCAAGUACAAUGCCGAGUUGCCGCCGCGGCUGUGGCGCGCGCUGCGGAUCGGGACUCACGUCAACGCGAGGUUCAAACAUCUCGUCAAUAGGGAUGACGAGAGUGCCAAGUUCGGAACCGUACAGGCGUUCCCGCCUCGAAACAUUGACAUACAGUACGUCGUGCCGGUGCAGAUCGGAAUGCCACCACAGACUGUGUUCUUGAAUCUCGACACCGGCUCGGGAGACCUUUGGACCAUAUCGACAGACACGUCUACCUGGCAAGUCGGCGGCCAUGCCAUCUACGACCCCCGGGCCUCGAAUACCUCAAAGCUAGUAGACAACGCGUGGUGGCGCAUCAUAUACGGCGACGGAUCAGGGGCCUCGGGCAUCGUGUACACCGACCGCGUCGCCAUCGGGAAGACCUUCUUCGAGCAGCAGGCCGUGGAAUCGGCGCAGGCGAUUUCCCGGACAUUCACACAGGACGACUUCGCGUCGGGGAUCCUGGGAUUGGGCUUCGGACGGGGCAACACGGUGCGGCCGCAGCAGGUGAAGACGUACAUGGAGAACAUCCUGCCUUCGCUGGCGGCGCCGGUGUUCACGGCGAACCUGCAGGCCGGGCGGCCCGGGAACUACAACUUCGGGUUCGUCUCGGCGCAGGAGCACGUGGGGCCGAUCGCGUACGCGCCGGUCACGCAGCAGAGCCCGUACUGGGAGAUUGAGGUGGAUGGGUUCCAGGUCGAAGGCGGGAGUUUCAACGGCACAGAGGCGCUGAGCAGGGUCAUCGUCGACACGGGCACCACGCUCAUUCUCGUCCCUGAUGAGCUGGUGGAGGCAUACUAUGAUCGAGUCCAAGGGGCGCGGUUCGACGCGUCUUGGGCGGGAUACAUCUUCCCUUGCAACGCGUCGUUGCCGGACUGGACGUUCGGAAUCGCGGACUGGAGGGGUACGGUGCCGGGCAAGUUUAUGAGCUAUAGCCAGGUCAGCCAGACGCAUUGUUUCGGCGGCAUCCAGAGCUCGCAGGGGAUCCCGUUUGCGAUUUUCGGGGCGGUGCUGCUCAAGUCGCAGUUCGUGGUGUUCGAUUACGUGAGUGCUGAGGCCAAUGUCGGGGCCGCGCCCAGGGUCGGAUUCGCGAGCAAGCCGUUGGAUUGA